AUGUCGGGGAGUACCACAUUGUUUUCACAAGAUGGGGACAUUCAUCAGACACCCGAAUCCAACACAAGCCAGGUUAGUUCAGACAAUACAGAAGAUCCGAAAUACAUAACUGUUGAUCAGGUUUUACAAUUGCUUGACCCCGUGAAAGAGGGAACUGAUCAGAAAAUAGAUAACUAUGUACGCAAGCAUAACAUUUUUAUUCUGGAACAUAAAGUUAAACAUGUUAAUAAAAACAUAAAUACUAUUCGCCACUACUGGAACGACAUCACACCUUGCGAAAUGAUUGUUGCCCUUGACGAAUCUCAUGGUGAUGUUGAUGAGUUAGCGAUGCAUCUAUUAAAUGACUCAUUCAAGCCAAUGAUACGAAAGUUAGUCCAGGAACGCCUUCAGCAUAAACCAGUAGAAGUUCAUGAGAUUCCAGAGUCAGAUAAUGACCCUGACGAUGAUAAUUUUGUAGGUGAGGAAGAAGAGGAUGAUUACUUCGAGCCAUUAAUGGAGGAAGAAGUCGUACAUGUUGUUCACCAUCGGCAUUCUAAAUCUAAUCCUAAUCAGCAUGUAAAAGUCGGGCCAGCUCCAAAAGGCGUUGACCAAAAAACAUGGGAUAAUUGGAGCGAUGCUCGAAGAAUGUCAUUUUUACGAGCAUCGAACUUCCCAAACGCUUACUACUACAGGCAUUUGCCACCAGGUGAGAAGCAAGUUAAUGGUAGCUGGUCAGAAAGGGAAAAGGAGCUAUUUAUGCAACGCGUCAAAGAAUUUAGAGGAAAUUCAACCACCAUGUCAGGAGAUUGGGGCCUAUUUUCCCUUGCAAUCCCUGGCAGAGUUGGCUAUCAAUGCUCUAACUUUUACAGAAAGCUUGUCGAGGCUGGCGAAAUCUACGAUUCAAAUUAUGUCAAGGGCGAAGGUGGAAAAAUCCAUCAUAAAUCGAGAAUACAUGAUGGCAAGAUCAUAACGCGCACAAAUGGUAGGGUUAGAAAGCAUCGCGCAAUUGCAGCUCAAUUCGUUGACCUUUCGAAGAUCAAAUCCAUACAGUUCAUUUACACAAAUGAGGAAGAUGGAGUCGAACCAGAUGAGCAUCUCAGUAGAUACGAGGCCUGGGCUGCACAAAAUCCAAUUCCAAACAUGAUCGAUGACAUUACAGGCGACAAAAUCAGAGUUCCAGCUAUUUCACCUGAUGGUUAUGUCCUUGAUUACAAUACUUGGAUUAAUACGUUAAAGAAUCAUAAAGAAAAUCCAUUUACAAGAGUCCCUGUUACAAAGAGACAGCUUGUUAUAUUGACCAAUGACAAUUUCAAUGAAUACAAGGAGAGAAUUGUCAAUUAUAAUGUUUGUUGA